AUGAAUUUCUACCCCGUGCCCCCCGUCAUUCAGGCGGAGAUCUAUACUCACAUCCCCGACGCAGUCCGAUGCACCGGCCAACCCACCGAAUGGCGCGGCGGAUCCGCGACGCCGGUGGCUGACAUUUUCCUCGAGGGGCCGACGUAUGUUCAGAAUGGCGAUCUUUACCUUGUGGACGUACCAUACGGACGUAUUCUCAAGGUUGACGCCGACAAAAUCGUGACGGAGUGCGUGCGUUGGGAUGGCGAACCCAACGGGCUCGUCGUACGAGAAGAUGGAUGUCUCGUGGUGGCCGAUUACAAGCAGGGGAUUCUGCUGUUUGACCCCUCUACGAGCAAAAUCUCGCCCCUUCUCACGCGCCGCAAUCUCGAGCGCUUCAAAGGCCCAAAUGACCUGAUCGUGUCAUCCACGAACGAUAUAUACUUCACCGACCAGGGCCAAACCGGCAUGACGGACCCGACUGGCUGCGUGUACCGGCUCUCGCCCACGGGCAAACUCGACUGCCUUGUCUCGAACGGCAUCUCACCCAAUGGUCUCGCUUUGUCGCCCGACGAGCGAUUCCUGUACGUGGCCAUGACCCGAUCUAAUGCGGUCUGGCGACUCCCACUCCACGCAGACGGGACGACCACGAAAGUCGGGCUGUUCUUUCAGUCUUUUGGCUGCGCGGGUCCGGAUGGAUUAGCGGUAGACGAGGAGGGAAAUGUAUUCAUCUGUCAUCCUAGUCUCGGAUCGGUGUUUGUAGUGGAUGCGGAUGGGGUUCCUAAGGCGCGGAUUGUAACUGCGCCGGAAGGAGGAAAGAACUUGACAAACUGUACCUUUGGGGGUCCGGAUGGUAAGACUCUUUUCAUUACAGAUAGUAUCAAGGGCAACGUGCAGUUUGUACGCUGGCACUGUAGAGGCGUUCCUCGAUCCCGUGCGGCCAAGACAGACUGA